AUGGCGGACCAACACGAAGUCGACCUUGACUCGAUAAUCGAUCGCCUCCUGGAAGUGCGGGGCAGCCGACCGGGCAAGCAAGUCCAGCUGCUCGAGGCCGAGAUUCGCUAUCUUUGCACCAAGGCUCGCGAGAUCUUCAUUUCGCAGCCCAUCCUUCUUGAGCUUGAAGCUCCCAUCAAGAUCUGCGGUGAUAUUCACGGGCAAUACUAUGACUUGCUCCGGCUGUUUGAGUACGGUGGAUUCCCCCCCGAGGCCAACUACCUCUUCCUCGGUGAUUAUGUCGACAGAGGCAAGCAGUCCCUGGAGACCAUCUGCCUGCUGCUCGCCUACAAGAUCAAGUACCCCGAGAACUUCUUCAUCCUCCGUGGCAACCACGAGUGUGCCUCCAUCAACCGUAUCUAUGGUUUCUACGACGAGUGCAAGCGUCGCUACAACAUCAAGCUCUGGAAGACAUUUACCGACUGCUUCAACUGUCUCCCCAUUGCCGCCAUUAUUGACGAGAAGAUCUUUACCAUGCACGGUGGUCUUAGUCCCGACCUCAACUCUAUGGAGCAGAUCCGCCGUGUCAUGAGACCCACUGAUAUCCCCGACUGCGGUCUGCUUUGCGAUCUCCUGUGGUCCGACCCAGAUAAGGACAUCACCGGGUGGAGUGAGAACGAUCGUGGUGUCUCGUUCACCUUUGGCCCUGAUGUCGUCUCUCGCUUCCUGCAAAAACACGACAUGGAUCUUAUCUGCCGUGCCCAUCAGGUUGUCGAGGAUGGUUACGAGUUCUUCUCUAAGCGUCAGCUCGUUACGCUAUUCAGCGCCCCCAACUACUGCGGCGAGUUCGACAAUGCUGGUGCCAUGAUGAGCGUCGACGAGAGUCUCCUUUGCUCAUUCCAGAUUCUCAAACCCGCAGAGAAGAAACAAAAGUAUGUUCACGGCCUCGGAGGCGGAAGCAGAACCUCCACCCCCCGGAAAGCUUCCAAAUAA